CGCGAUCAGAUCUCGCGUUGUAAAGAUGCAGCUCGGUGCAGUACAAGUGACGGUGAAACGAUAAACACACAGUUCGCGUUAUAAAACGGUGUACGGGAAGAAAAGAGCGCUCCAAAUGCAAAAGACACUCCGGUGAAGGUACGCCACUUUGCGCGUUACUAAAGUAACUUUGGCGAGAGAGUGCGCGGUAUAAUCGGAGGUCCUGUAGAUAUCCUUGAAGCGCUAGAACGAGGCAUUUCGGCAUCUCGUGACGCACAGAAACGAAGGAAAAAGAAUUCGAGAACAGAAACCAAACAAUUUUACCAAAAAUAUUAGCGUUUUCACUUGAGUGAAGAAACAUUUUUAUACACAAUAAUCGAACGGUGGUAAAUUGGUGGCAACAAAGGAAGAACAAGCACACAUUCCUCACACACACCCAAAGGGAAUGCAUCAAAGUGUACUGUGAAAAGUAAAAGUGUAUCCUAGAAACGCCUCAAAAUGUGGUGCCUAGUGAAUCUUCCCAACGGGACGACAUCCGGCGUGCAGUGCGAUCCGAAACGGAUUAGCCAGGAGUGUCUGGAAAAGGUGUGCGCUGAUUUGGGAAUCAUCUGUGAGACGGAUUACUUCGGUCUCAUCCCAGUGCGCGACGGGGACAGCGUGGCGGACGUGGACGAAUGCAACGCCAAGCAGUGGAUCAAUCUGCGCAAUCCACUCCACCUCUACACCAACGAUCGGACACAUCCGAUCGUGUUCUCGCUGCGGGUAAAGUUUUGGGUGCCGGCGCAUUUAAUCCUGCAGAGCAGCGUCCGCAGCCUGUUCUACAUGCAGGCCCGCCAGGAGCUGUUCGACGGGCACCUGCGGCCCUCGAGCUGGACCAAUGCGGCGUACCUGGCCGCACUGCUCCUGCAGGCCGACGGUUUCCGGUACGAUCCGACAAAGGUUCCGGCGGCGACGGUCCAAACGCUGGCCGCUAGCAGUGAGGAAACGGCGGCCACUGCAAGCCAAUCGUCGUCCGUGGUGGAAUCGAGUGCUAGCGCGGCGAGUACGCCGGAACGAAGACCCCAACCGCAGCAGCUAAGGCGCCCUUCGAAGCGGAAGUGUUCCGAGAUCGAGUGCAAACGGGGCAGCGUCAGUUCGCAGAGUAGCGGCGGCGGUGGCUCUUCGCCGCCGACCGGAUGGCAUUUGGAUGAUAUGGGUCCGGGUGCGACGAGUGGUGGUCCAACGACGGCCACCACAACCGGCGGUGGGGCCACUAUCGCAUCCGCCGGCUCCGUGGUCGAGUUGAGCAGCAAAGCACCAAAGAACAUUUACCAUCGGUACGGAGCACUCCGGCCAGCAUUUGAUGAGGAGGCGGAGGAGGGAAAGCCUCCAGUACGGCCGGAAAACUUCCACCAGUUGAUUGCGAUCGAGCACGAGAAGUUGUCGCGAAUCAAGAUGAGUGCCUCGUCGGCACAGUACUGGCUGCUGGAGGAAGUGUGCAGUCUCGUUGGGUAUGGGGAGGAAAUCUUCGAGGGCGUUACGAUUGCCGAGCCGUCGGUGGUAUGCAAGAUCGGUGUCAGCCCGCACGGACUGACGAUUGUGAAGGACGAUGAAAAGUAUAGCGUCCCAUUUACCGCGGUUAAAGCGGCCAAGUCCAUCAAGCGUUCCUUCCGGCUGACGUACAUGGACGAGCGACACGAGGAGACGCACGUGGAGCUCAAGUUACCGAAUCAUCGCACGGCCGCCUCCCUGUACCGGGCCAUCACGGAGAAGCACGUUUUCUACUCGUGCGAAACGGUCCGGCCCGUCGUGACGACGCAGUUCAUCCGUGACCUCAAGGGCACGAUCGUGUCGAUGUUCAACGAGGACACCGAGCUGGGCAAGCGGUACGUGUUCGACAUUCAGCGCACCUGCCGCGAGGUGUACGAUGCCGCCCGCCGGACGCUGCAUGCCCGCGGCAUCGAGAUCAGCAACGGGGCCGAGGAGCACGGGGCCGAAAGUCCCGCGGUUGCGCUCGGUCGGCUCGAGGCAACGCUGAGUUUGCAAAAAGACGACGCCGGCAAGCUUGAGCGAAUGUUCGACGAGCGGAUACGGGAGGCGAUCACCUGUCCGAUCUGUGCCGACGGUGAGAUCGACACGACGUUUCUGCCCUGUGGGCAUAUGACCGCCUGCCGGUCAUGCGCGGUACAGUGUGACCGUUGUCCACUGUGCCGUUCGAACAUUGAAAGUAUCAGCAAGAUCUUUCUUCCUCCAUUGCUGCAGUCACGCAAGGGCGGUUCAACGAACGCCACGAUCUCUAGCCGACGGCGAUCGGAUCCGUCGUCCACCACAUCGACGUCGAUUGCUGCUCCGAAGUCCGUUGCGACUUUGGUGCAGUAGAAAGCGGAAGCGGGCAAUCUUGCGGGCUUUCAUCCUUCGUGCGUUGCAUGAAGGAUUCACCGAAGCCAAUGCAAAAUGCGUAUUCCACAACGUGGCAAAUAGACCUGCGAAACCCGGCUCACAACGACGGAUUGUUAGGAUAUAAGGCAAAUUGGUGAUAUUAUUUGUUAAAUGUGCUGCUGCUGUCUGAAUCUAUCUUAGAAGGAGAAAAUGUAGGAGGAAUGGAAAAGACAACAGGAAAACAGAACAGACGAAAAGGUAACACACAAAAAAAGGCAAAACUAACCAAGUUAGAGUGUUAGGCAUCAUAGCGUUUAGUUGUGCUUGGAUAAUAUAGAUUGUGAGGAAAUGAAAUGAUAGAAGUACGAAAAUGUACUACAAAACAAAAACCUAUCCCCCCCUCCCUGGUAGGGUGUCAGAUAUUUAGUCAAUGAAUCAAUGCAAACGUUAAAAUUACCACUAGUUGUGCAACGUGUGAACAUAAUGAUGAUAACGGUAGGUUCACACUUGGUGUUAGUAUGUAAGCUGUUAAGUUUAUCGCCCAUUGAUAGUUUUAACAUCAGUGAUCCCGUUUUUUUUUUGUCUCUUCAUUUUAUCACCGACGCAGUCCUUUAAUGCAUCAAUUUCUAAAUCUUUCAUUUCAAACCACGCGCUCAUGCGUCAUUUUAACACAAGGAGAGUGGAACGGUUGGGCGAACAACCCGGCAUGGCCAGUGUUUGAUGGUAGUAUUGAUGUUAAGUAUUCUCUCUUGCUAAAUUCGUUCGUACCGUGUAAGACAUUUUACCACUUAAACCAGUCGAGAGAAGUCAGCUGUAGUGUCGUCGGUCCGACGCUGACGCCAUCAUCAUAUCUAAGCAUACAAACUUCCUGUCGAUUUAGCUCCAGGCGCGCGUUGAUUACCAAGUGUAAGAUAUUAAUAGUUGUUUAUGGCCGGUUCUUCUAAGAAGCGAAAGGCACUAUAUGGCGGCAUUCAGCAGCUUAUAUCAAUAUUGUAAUAAUAAAAAAACAAAUCAGUGAAAACUUAAUGUUAUCCAACCAGAGCGAUGCAACC